AUGAGGGUGCACCUGUGCAGUGAUACAGCUCCCGUUCUCCCGCCUCCGCCUCCUUCAUCCGCUGCCAACAGUAUCGAGUGUCAACAGUAUCAACAGUAUCCGCUGUUCCUCAACCUCAUCAUGUACGUCGUCGUCGCGGCCAUCGCUGGCUGGGCCAUCAACUACAACAUCGACGAGAGCAUGAACUCACUGCAGGGAGCAUCGCUGCCGGUGUGCCUGUUCCCGAUCUACUUCCCGAUCAGCAACCUGGCGACGGGGUUCUUCGUCAUCUUCGCGCUCAUCACGGGCGUCGUCGGCAUCUCCACCUCGCUCACCGGCCUGCACGACGUCGGCCAGGGGUUCCCAGCCAACAUGAUGUCCGCCGCUGCCUCCGCGCUCAUCACCUGGACCCUCACCCUCCUUGCCAUGUGGCUGGCCUGCAAGGAGAUCAGCAUCAGUUGGAGGCCCGCGAGCCUGAGAACCUUGGAGGCGUUCACCAUCAUCCUGUCAGGGACGCAACUGCUCUAUGCCGGGUCGCUCCACGCAGGCGCGCACGAGGCCAUCGUCGCGACCCCCAUCGGUGGCAGGGUUUGA